AUGGCCGAUGUACAACUCACCGAUUUCCCUUCCCUCUUCUCCCUCAAGGGCAAGGUCGCCGUCAUAACCGGAGGUUCGCGCGGCCUAGGUCUAACGGCAGCUUCAGCCAUCCUCCAGGCCGGCGCCUCCAAGGUCUUCAUCACCUCCCGCAAGGCCGCCGCCUGCGAGGAGGCCUGCAAGGCGCUCAACGCCCUGCCCAACCUGUCCCCCGGCGCCGUGGCCAUCCCCGCGCCCGCGGACAGCGCCACCCUCGCUGGCGUGGAGGACCUCGUAGCCCAGGUGCGCAAGCACACGGACCGCGUGGACAUCCUGUUCGCCAACGCGGGCGCCUCGUGGGGUGAAGGCUUCGACACGCACCCGGACUCGGCGUUCGCCAAGGUCAUGGACCUCAACGUCAAGGCCGUCUUCAACACCAUCCGGCUGUUCGCCCCCCUGCUCGAGAAGGCGGGCUCGGCGGCCGACCCGUCGCGCGUGCUCAUCAUGGGGAGCGUGGCGGGCAUCGGCAUCGGCACGCUGGGCGCGCAGGGGACGUACGGCUACUCGGCCAGCAAGGCGGCGGUGAUCCAUCUGGGGCGGAACCUGGCCGUCGAGCUGGGCCCGCGGCACGUCACGGUCAACUCGAUAUGCCCCGGGUUCUUCCCGAGCAAGAUGGCCAACGGGCUGCUGGAGCUCUCUGGCGGUGUGGACAAGCUGGGGAAGCAGAACCCGCUGGGUCGGCUGGGCAGGCCGGAGGAUAUCGCGGGUGUGGUUGUGUACCUCACCAGCCGGGCUGGCGCGUACGUGAAUGGGGAGGCUAUUGCUUUGGACGGCAGUGCCGUCUGGGCCAGGGGCCAGCUGGGAUCGGCGGGAGAGUCGAAGCUAUAG